GACUCCACAGAAAAUCAUGGCCGAGGAACUAUGGAAUAGAGUAAACAUUCCCUUUCCAGGAGUUGUUUCUAGCGUUCGUAUAAGUUUUACAUCAGAAACAGAUGUUCUUGUUAAAAAUGUCUUAUUGGGAAACGAAGCUGUGCUCAAACUUAUCGACAGUGAGACACUUCAGACGGAAAUACGUGUCCUUUACGAGCUGCUCUACAUCUUGAACAACAGUUACAGGGGAAACAAGUCCUACAAAGGCUUACAACAGGUUGAACAAUGCGUGAACAGACUGAAGAACAUGAAGCUGGUGGAAGCUCUUCAGGAGCUGUCUGAUCUGUGUCCAACCAAGGUUCAAAGAAAUGUUGGUAAAAAGACUGGGGAGUGUACUGUCCCCAGUCAGCCCAUGUUGGAGUGGCUGUGCCUCAAAAUACUUGGAGCUGCUAAUCUCAUCAAUCGCACUCUACAACGUUGCAGCAGAGCUUUUCUUCUGUGCAAUCAGCAGAUGAAAUGGGAAGAAUUUAUCGUUUUGAAUAUGGUGAUGACCAGUAUGCUCAGUCGGCUGUGGGUAAUUUUCCGUGGUGUCUUGGUGAGCCUGUCCACUUUAUACGAGAAGAUGCUUUGCCUUUGCAGUGAAGUGGCCAAAACAAAACCUAUGCCAUUCCUCAAAAGCUCCUUACCCCCAAAUAUGUCUGAGUUAUUGGAUCCUACCUUAUUACAUGACCAAACAUGUAAAGCUAGGCUGCAAAGGGGUGAUUUAUUGACUAAACCUAGACAGAAUAAUCAAACAGCCAAAAAGGUUAAAGAAGAUCUGGGCGUGUCUAUUAAAAGAGAUAUCAAUGAUAACACUGACUUGAAGCCUUUUGUCUGUAUCUUCAAGACAUUCACCAAGAAAUCUCAGCCAGAGCACAAACCUAAAAAUACUGAUCUCGCUGCAAAGACGAAAAUACUGAGGAAUAAUGUUAAAAAAUCUUCAUCAUUUGGUGACAUAGACAUCCAUCUUGAAAAAAUGGUCCAAUGGUGUAAACUGAAGCAGAUGGGAAAGAAAGGACGUUUGUUUAACUAUUUGCGAUUGAAGUGCAAGAAGAUGAAAUCAUUGGAAUUAGAAGGACACAAUUUUCAGAGGAAGCUAAAUAACUUCAGACAACAAAUUUUUAAGGCUUGCUCAAAAAGCUCUGUACCAAGAAGGACUCCUCGAUCAUUAGCUGAAUUUAAAACCAAAAUUCAACAGACCAGAUUCCACUUUCUAAGGACCAAAUUGAAAUCUAAGAAUGUCAGAACUGGUAGCACAAGAAAACGGGAAGUUAAAUGGAAGAAGUCUCGAAAGUCAAAGUCAUCGAGGCAUCAUAAGGACAGAAGGACAGAAGAUGAGGCGAUUCCUCAAAGCAGCCACUGUGACAAGAGAGAUGACAUCGAUGAUAUAUUUGCUUCUAUUGGUCUGUGACAUCCUGCUGUCUGGUUCCAGGGCAUUUGGAGCUCAGUACAAAGUAGCAUUUGUUUUGCUUUUUUAAGAGACAUAACUCGAAAUGAAUUGAUUAAAACCCUAUUUAUUAUAUUUGUGCAACCAAGCAGUGCACCCUGUGAUACUAAGUUCAAUAAGAAAUAUUUGUGCCAAACACACAGAAAAUGCCAAUGUAAUAUUUGAUAUGUUAUACUGUGUUAAGCAGUUUAUAUGCUUUUGUCAACAAAAUUAAAGGCACACUGAUGUUUAUUGCA